AUGUUGGUGACGACGCGAGGGCAGCGAAGUGUGGCGUGUCGGGUGCUUUUUUACUUUCUCGCCUCUGACAGGUGGUGCCGGAUCGGGCGUGCAGCUCACUCUCUACGCCGCAUUGCCAUGACUGCUACGGUGAAGGUCGUCGGUAACGCAGACUCGAGGCAUCUCUUGGAGCACUACUGUGGGGUACCCCCAGAGAUUCAGCCGUUGCUGCGCCGCUCGUGAGAAAUGAUGCCGCCAGUGUCUGGCUGCUUUGACUUCGGCUAUGACGGCAACAGGGUGGCGGUGCUGGAAUAUAGCUGCCACUCCUCUGGCGCGCUACUGGAGUGCUGUAGCACCUCAGAGAAGAUGACUAACUACUACGGCGUGUUGCAGGGGAUGUCGACAGGGUCCUUCUUGGGGGUCAAGUGCCUGGCAUACUUUACGUACCUCAUGUCGAACGAGAAGGUGUUCCCCAAGCACAGACUGAUUCGCUUCCUGAUUGGCGGUGGUAACGAGGAGCGCUACGCCUCCAUGCACAUGAUGAACUAUGGGGAGAAAGCGGGACUUCGCAUGAGGCUGUUUGUGAAGGUUGCUGGCUUCCGUUUCCAAGAUGGGGCUCUCGCUAGCGCCGCCUAGCUCUCCUCGCUCUAUGACCACCCCGCCAUCGUCGACAGUGACGGUGACGAGGUGCUUCUGGUGUGGAAGAUGUGGUUGUGUGGCACGGUGCUGACUCAGCACCGCCGCCAGCGCAGUGUACCACAAGUGGUUAGUGAUUUGACGCUCUCUGACAUAUUCCUCAGCAGCAACAUUCGCGUCAUUAAGCCGCACUGGAAGGCUGUCGCAGGGAGCAAGGCGGUUCUGCUCUUCAUUCACGCCCUGGCCGCAGACCACAAGUACCCCCUCACAGCGUCCUUUUCGCCUGCAAAGAACAUCACUUCCCAUCACCCCACCUCCAUGUGCACGUCAACGGUCGCAUUGAGCACAACGUCAUGAUGUGUGACCUCGUAACCGACGUGGCGGAGCUGAGCGUCUCGCUGCAGGGGAUACUUCAUGAGCGCUUAUCGCAGUGCUUUUCCGCCAAGUCGCUGGUCCGCCUCCUGCUCUGUGCCACAGAGCCAGUCGGUGGAUCGCACAAAUGUGUGCUCGGCUGGCAAGUUUUUGGACUCCGUUGUUGUCUAUGAGGAGCGUCUCUUCUUGAAGAGAUUCAAGGGCAAGCACUUCCCCAUCUUCUGCGGCUGGAUGGUUGGCGAUGGAUUUGGUGGCGUCGUGGUACGUGAAGACCACUCCAAGAUCACGAAGCUCGACAGCACCAUCAUCCCUGCGCGUGUUGUGCGUGAGAACGCUUCUCUCGGUGCAGCGUACGCCAUCGAGGGUGAGACGUAG